CUCUUGCAUGGCAUGUUCUCGUCGAGUGAAACCCCCGCCAGAAGUGUCGCCGGCCGACGAAGAGUAACUUCGAAACACAUAUAUAAACAGCAUUGCUCAAUUGUCCUCGUCAUGACAAGACGCAUCCUGUCAAACACCACCGCCCUUGGCUUUGUCAUCGCCAUCGUGGCCUCCACGACUGCCGCUGUCGACAAAAACUGGCUCACGCACUUUUACGGUCGUGUAAAGGCCGACUCGUACGAGUACUUCGUCGUCGACGUGCCGCGCGGCGUCUUUGCCGUGGACGUGUCCAUGGUCCUCAGCGAGCUCGGCGCCCGAACGCCGCCGACAUUGUUCCUCCAGAAGGAUGCGUUCGCCACGGAAUCGUCCUAUGACGUGGCGCUCAAUACGACUCGCAAAUCGCCAUACAUUUCGGCGACGUUGACCAACCUGAAGCACGGACGGUAUUAUGCGACAGUGUGGGGGGGCAACAUGCCUGGCACAGUCACGACGUUUGGCGUGGGUCCAUCUACGAAUAUGUGGUGGUACCUCGACUUUACCUUUCGUGCGUGCCAGCACGUCGACAUGCUCGGUCCAGCGUGUACCACAGCGCCAGUGGCACUACCAAGCCGCCAACAACAUGGAUACAGCGGCAGCAACGACGCAGACGGCCGCGGAUGUAUCGACUCGACGCCCGCGCUGUUUUCGUUCGAGUUGGCCCAACCGGCCGCCUCGUUGGACGUGACAUUGAGCAUCCAAGAUCCGUCGAUACUGGUGGCAUGGGCGUUGUAUCUGGACACGGCCACGCCGUUUCCAAGUGAUGCAUUGCCUGUCCGGAACGGGACGUCUGCUACGCGUUCGUUUCACAUCCCCCGGCCGCAAUCAGGCAAAUGGAUGGUGCGCGUGGCCCUACCACAACCUGAGGAGACGAUUGGCAAGUGCAAUCCCAACAUCGAUCAAGCCACUGGGGGCAUUCCAUUUAAAGUCUCGUGGAGCACCACCGAGACCUGCGAUCCGUUGGACGGGGACUUGUGCGCAGCUUCGUGGACUCCGUUGAACCAGCUCCGCAACGCAGCCAACCCACUGGACGAUUAUGUCGUCGACGCUUCGUUUAGCUCGAACCAGCCGUUGAAACCAUCGAUGAACGUAUCGAAUGUCGUGGUGGCGUACGACGUCCAAGUCGAGCCCGUGUAUGCUGGCACCAACGUCGUACUGCACAUGGCGACGACUGCUUUGGUGUCGAAUUUCUCCGUGUUCAUUCGAGUCAAUGGAUGGCCCACACUCACGGAAUACGACUACACGUACAAUGCAUCGCAAGCGAGUCGCAUCGGUGGCGUGGGCAGCCAGUCGGAUCCGAUCAACCCGUCCGUGGUGGCGUUCGACGCGUUGAAACAGGAAGCCACUUCGUCGGGGGGGACUCAAUUCCUCGAGUUCCCGCCCAUAGUAUUUCCCAAAAUUGGCCACUGGUACAUUGUUGUGCGGCCUGAUACGACUGUAGCCACCGCCAACAACAAGAACGAGUGGGGUGUGGCGUUGCAGUUGCAGACAAACGCGUGUCCACCACACAACGUGUGCAGCAAUCACGGCACUUGUGUCGUCAAGAAUUCGUACCAAGGCAUGGUAUAUGGAGAAUGCCAGUGCGCGUAUGGGUAUGGCGGUCGAGACUGCAGUGUCUUGGUGCACACCGACGCUCAACGAACGGGACGAACGUGGUUGUUGUUGCUGUCGAACGCAGCCAUUUUACCGGCGGCGAUCUUGUCGUGGACGCGCAAGUUGUACGUGGAAGCGGUCUUGUUUGCUGGGCUGGGCGUGAUUUCGGGGGUGUACCACGCGUGCGACUUGAACUUGUACUGCAUGUUUCCGUAUGCGUUUUUGCAGUCGAUGGAUUUUACGUUCACGUUUAACGCGAUCAUGCUGGGGUUUAUCCACUUGUCUGGCGCGUUCAAGCAUGUCAAGGCUGGCAUGCAAGUGUUUGUGCUCGUGGCCCUUGUGUUUAUGACUACGUACAACGCCACGUCGAUGAAGAACUGGGUCGCCCUUGGGGGAGUCAUAAUCGUGCAAUUCGUGGCCACGUGGAGCUACUACUUGACGUUGGCCAAGCACCGCCUGCACACGUCCAUGUUUGAGACGUUGAAACGCUUCGUGUUUUACAGCGACAACUUUGACUUUCGGUUCUUGUUGCUCGGCGUUGCCUUGUGGGGGUCGGCCUUUGGCUGUUUCUUCACUGAAUCGGGCAACUCGUACUGGUUGAUCCACUCGAUUUGGCACUUUACAGCCAUGUUGGCUGCGUUUGCAUUCAUGGGCCUUCGCAAGAAUAUUCGAUACCGUUGCGUUGGUGAAGACGGAGUCGAUGUCUUGAGCCAUGAAGCCACCGAAUCCGCUCGGCUCGACAAGCCAGCUUUCACCACAACCAACGUCGUUCUCAUGAGCGAACACGAUAUGGAAGCUGCCCCUGGCACCACCCAAACAUGCACGUCGACCUGAUGUGGCCUGCGUUGCAAUGUGUCCAUCUAAACAUGAAGAUAAGCUAACGUUACUUGGUCAAAAGCUUACCGGGA